UUUUCUGAAGGCUUAUAUUACGUCGAAGACGCUGUCCGAGAAAGAAUUACUGAUGGCGAACGAGAAAGCAGAGCGAGGACUCGAGGUGGUGAGCCUAACGUGUGCCUUGGUGGGAGGCGAUGCGAUUAUACCUCAUACACCAGAGAGCGUGGAAGUAAUGGUGUCGCCAGUGACCGGCAAGAAGUUGCCCCACGAGUGUCUGAGGUAUCUGCAGGCAGUGCUGGGAUCAGUACCACUCGUACACAUCGAGGAUGUCUGCGAAGCUCAUGUGUUCUGCAUGGAGAGGGAGUCAAUGUCCGGCAGAUUUCUGUGUGCCGUCGCCUACCCAACAAUGCAAGACAUCGUCAAUCACUAUGCUGAGAAGUAUCCUCAACUUCCGAUACUGAUCCGAGAGGUGGAAGGGGAGGGGAUAAGGAUUCCAUGCAGUUCUACUAAGCUGGAAGAGAUGGGGUUCAAGUACAAGUAUUCUGUGGAGCAAAUAUUAGAAGGUAGUGUUGAAUGCGCCAAGAGGCUUGGAACAUUCGAAGCAUGAAUCUAAUGUUGGUUCAACAUGUCGCAUGAAGAGCAAAUAGAACAUCUUCACAUGCAUGCUUGAUGUCCCAUACUGUAUUUGUUGGUCAUGAACCCAUGAACACAAGGCUUGUUGAUAUCUCCUCCAGCUGACUUGCGUUUCUUGUAAUAAUCAAUCUCUAGCAUGUCUUACAGAAAAUAUGUUUGAACGAGCAAGAACUACACCAUA